AACUCAAUCUAGUGGAUUAUCUGCAAGGAACAAACGUUUUUGCUUUGCAUUUAAAAACGAUAUUCAGUCAUUUCCAGUUUUCGCUCGGCCAAUAAAUUAAAUAAAAACUAAACUAAAUCAUGGCACCUCCAGCAUAUUCAGAUUUGGGCAAAAAUGCACGCGAUGUCUUUAACAAGGGUUACCAUUUUGGUUUGUGGAAAUUGGAUGUGAAGACAAAGACCAACAGCGGUGUUGAAUUCACUAGUGCCGGACAUUCGAAUCAAGAUACUGGAAAAGUUUUCGGAUCACUGGAAACCAAGUACAAAGUUAAGGAAUAUGGACUUACGUUCUCCGAAAAGUGGAAUACAGACAACACAUUAACAUCUGAAGUUGCUGUUGAGAAUCAACUCAUUGACGGACUUAAGUUGAGCUUUGAUGGAUCUUUCGCACCACAAUCAGGCAUAACUUGUCCAAGUAGUGUCACCAUCCGUUAUAGAAGAAACAUUAACCAUUAUUUACCAUCUUACAUUUAUUUCGGUUAUAAAUUUAGAAGUAAAACAGGACGCUUCAAGACAGCUUACGCACAUGAAUAUGUUCAUUUAAAUGGCGAUGUUAAUGUUGAUUUAGCUGGACCAUUGAUCAAUACAUCAGCUGUCGUUGGUUACGAAGGAUGGCUUGCUGGUUACCAAUUGGCAUUUGAUACACAAAAAAGCAAAUUGACAGCCAACAACUUUGCACUCGGCUACAAGUGUGGAGAUUUCAUCUUGCACACAAAUGUCGAUGAUGGUCGUGAGUUCGGUGGCAGCAUUUAUCAACGUUGCAGUGAUCGUUUGGAAACUGGCGUUCAAUUGUCAUGGACAUCAGGCUCAAAUGCAACCAAAUUCGGAAUUGCUGCUAAAUUUGACUUGGACAAGGAUGCUUCAGUUCGUGCUAAGGUGAACAAUGCAAGCCAAAUUGGUUUGGGAUAUCAACAAAAGUUGCGCGAUGGAAUCACUUUAUCUUUGUCGUCAUUAAUCGAUGGCAAGAACUUCAAUGCUGGCGGUCAUAAGAUUGGUGUUGCUCUUGAGCUCGAAGCUUAAACAUGCUAAACGUUCACAACUCUCUCCUAUUAUUCUUUCUUUAAAAUAAAUACAUUGCCGCAUUGUUGUUCCACAAACAAACACACAUUCAAAAUUAUAAAAAAAAAUUAAAUCAAUAGAAGUGGAAACAAAAUUAAGACAUAAUUAAAAAAUAGUAAGAAUUAAAACAUGGAGCGGAGCGUCGUAAACAGAAGCAGAUUCCACCUUCAGCAUUGAAAAUUUUUCUUGUGUCCAAUCCCAGUUUAAAAUGAAAAAAAUAAGAAGUUAAACUAAUAAAAAAUAGAAAAGAAAACAAAGAGAGAAGUCAAUGUUAGUGAGUUUCAGUUGAAUGAUUAAAAAGGCUUUACCAGUUCAGUUUAAUUUUUUAAAUCGGAUGAUUGAUUGAAAAAUUCUUCAUUUGCCUUCUUCAAUCGAAACAAAAAAAAAUUAUUUUGUUUCUCGAUUUAAUGCUUUUAUUCUGAAAACAAAAAUGAAUUAAUAAAACUGGAGAAAUGUUAAAUAUAUAAUUGAUUUAGAAUCGGAAAAAUGAAAA